AUGUCUAAGUCAUUUGUGCGAUCUAUUAAGAACGUCACCAGUGGAUACUCAAGUGUCCAAGUGCUGGUAAGAAAUGCAACGUCGAACGACGCUUCUGGUCCAACAACUGGAGAUAUGCAAGAACUUGCUGGUUACACUUACCAGACACAGACCGACUUCCUUGAGAUUAUGGAAAUGUUGGACCGUAGACUCAAUGAUAAGGGUAAGAAUUGGAGACAUGUGGCUAAGUCUUUGACAGUAUUGGAUUAUUUAGUACGUUACGGUUCAGAAAAGUGUGUUUUGUGGGCCAAGGAUAACAUUUAUGUGAUCAAGACUUUACGUGAGUUUGUUCAUUUUGAUGAAGGAAAUAAUGAUCAAGGAGCUAUUAUUCGUGUGAAGGCCAAGGAGUUAUGUUCGUUAUUGCGUGAUGACGAGAGACUACGUAUUGAAAGAGAAAUGGCUCAGAAACAAAGUCGUAGAGGAAGAGAUAACGAAAAUGGUCGUAGAAGAAAUGGUCGUGGAGGAAGACCCGACGAUGCUUAUGAUGACGACUUGGCUCGGGCUUUAGAACUAUCAAGGCAAACAGCAGAUCAAGAGACUAGAGAACGGCAAAAUGAUGUUGAAGACCCAGACUUGGCUGCAGCCUUAAAGUUAUCCUUAGAAGAAGAGGAAAUGAGAAAGCUGAAACUUAGUGAUAAUUUGUUGGACUUGGAUGAUGCUACUUACAAUCAACAACAACUGCAACCCCAGCAAUAUUACAUGGCAACUGGUUAUUACCAAAUGCCUCCACAACAACAACAACACUAUGCUACACAACAACAAUAUGAUAUGUUUGGAAAUCCAAUUCAGAACCCUGUGGCUACAGGCUUGUAUCAAAUGCAAUAUUUGCAACAACAGCAACAACAACAGCAGCAGCAGCAACAACAACAACAACUUCUUCUCCAGCAGCAACAACUUGCUGCUGCUCAACAACAACAAAUUCCUCAAUUUACUGGAUUCAAUUAUGGUCAACCACAACAGCAACAGCAAGAACCCAUGCAACCAUUGAAAACUGGAUCCAAUAAUCCUUUUGCUAUUGGAAAUCCUACUGCUGUGGCUUCACCUCAAAAGCCUACAUUAGAUACUUUGACAGAACAAAACGUUACCCAACUGCUUCCACAAGCUCAACCACAGUUGGCUGCCCAAAAUACGUCAUCUUCCAAAUAUAACGAUACCCAUGAGUUGAAUGCAUUGUUGGCCCAAGGUCCUGGUAUUGAUACCUAUGGUAACACAGGAGCUAAUAGAAUACCACAUCAACACACAAAGACUCAGCAGUUUAUAAACUCAAGUGGUACGGGGUAUAAGCAAUUCACUGGCGCAGAUCAAAAGUUGUCUUUGAACCCCACUGGUAAUCCAUUCAUAGGUGGUGGAGCUACUAAUGGUUCCUCUUUUGCACCACAACAACAGAACCCUGCUCUUAAUCCUAUCUACACCGGAUAUGGGUUUGGAAACGCUCCUCAACAACCUCAACAAGCCCAAAAGUCAGAUGGGCCUAGUUUGAUAGACAUUUAA